CAUAGAUUGACGUCUGAAGCCACCAAUAAUGUUUGCGAAAAAGAAUAAUAUUUAUCUCUCACUUGAUGGCGACUGUUCUGUCAGAUGACCUAAAGAAGCAUUAUAACAUGGUGUGGGAAAUUAAGAGUCCUCUGAGCAGCAGCAGUAGUAUGUUGGAUAUCCCAGGGCCAGAGGCAGGUAGAGACCAGGGAUUGGUCCUGCUCCAGUGUGAAGAACAGCUGCCCUCCUCCCCCGGUUGCCCCACCAGUGACAGCCACAUGGAAUACGAUGACCUCCCGGAGCUGGAGGAGGUGGAGGAGGACCAGACAGCCCCCACCGUGUUUCAAGUGGGGGCAGGGGUGUCCCAUCAGGAACGUGACGGACACACACAGACUCAUACGGCCGGGCCCCUGGACACACACUGGCUCACACAGCUCGCUCACAUCGCCACAGGCCCCCAGAGUCCCCUGCUACAGGGUUCCACUCAGGUCAUCAGGUCAACUCCCGUCCACAUCUUUGGCACCAGUAGCAACCUCCAUUCCUACGCACGGCCUCCCCACACCCGGCCUCCCCUGACCUCCAGCAGCCUGCCCUCUAGAGGCCAACACAGGGAGCGCAGCAGGCGAGUCAGGGUCAGUAGUGAGUGUGAGUCUGCUGUGUCCUGUCACUCCUCUGUGUCUGAUGACGAGGACAUGGGCUGGAGCCACUCCUGGCCACCUACUGCUUGGCACUGCUUCCUCAAAGGCACUCGUCUGCGGUUCCAUAAGGGUUCUAGUGUGGAGUGGCAGGAUGCUGAGGAACUGGUGUCAGACGAAGACUCAGAUGAUGAGGCAGAGGCUAUAACCCACCCCCUGAAGGGCUAUGGUCGUGAGGGCCUGAGGCUGGUGUCCCAGACAGAGAGCCGGGCGUUCGGCCAGUCCGUCCUCAAGCUGACCUUUGACCCAGGUGCCUGUGGGGAGUGUCUUCUGUCCGCUGAGUGUCAGCUGGACCACCCGUUCUACGUCAGAAACAAAGGCUGGUCGUCGUUCUACCCCAGUCUGACCGUGGUGCAGUAUGGGAUCCCGUGCUAUGAGGUGAUGGUGGGAGACGUGUGUCUGCCUCCUGGACACAGAGAUGCCGUCCACACUGACAACUCCUUGGUGUUCGACACGUUCAGGAGUUAUGACUUCACUCCCCUGGACUCGUCAGCGGUGUACGUUCUGAGCAGCAUGGCCCGGCAGCGUAGGGCCUCCCAGUCCGGCGGGGGCGCCGUCAGCCCCGACCAAGACACACACCGCAACAAGCCAAUUAAGAGCCAGCAGGACUCGGGAGCAGCCGGCGGGGCUUCGCCCACAAAGUGCAAGCGGCCAAUGAAUGCAUUCAUGCUAUUCGCAAAGAAGUUCAGGUUGGAGUACACCCAGAUGUACCCUGGGAAGGACAACAGAGCGAUCAGUGUGAUCCUGGGAGAGAAGUGGAAGAAGAUGCGAGGAGAGGAGAGGAGGAUGUACACCACGGAGGCCAAGGCUCUGGCUGACGAGCAGAAGAGACUCAACCCUGACUGCUGGAAACGCAAGAGAACCAACUCAGGUUCCCAGGGGAACUAAGAGGCGCAGACACACGAGAGAGGGAUGAGGCAGAUGACAGGAGAAAAUGGAGGGGAAGGCAAACCAAGAAGAGGGGUGUAUGGGGGGAGGCAGUACAUGCUCAUACCAGCUACCACUCCUGAGUUGAGGAAGACACGCACGCACGCACACACACACUUUAGAGCCAGCUACACUUCCUGUGACGUUACUCUACUGUGAUUCGGGGGAAUGCUUGCUUUCUAAACAAAUAGAGAUUUAUGUAAGAAAAAAAAAAAAUAUAUAGAUAUAUACAGUGUAUAUAAUAUACUAACUGUGCUUGAAUAUAAGAUAUUUUUUUAAUGUCCGACUUGCCUUAAUCUUCCAAAGCAAGAUUGUAUUCUUUUUAAAUCAUUUUGAUUAAUUUCAGGUCAUUUCAUACCUUAUAGCUUGAAAAACAUGAGCCCAUGUGGUGCUGUAGAGUAGAAAAGGGGGAGGUGAAAACUAAACGAGAUCAGUCUAGGGAAUUUAAAAAUGCUUCCGAUUAUUCUUAUGCCUAUAUUUGUAUAACUCAAUAUAUUAUUGCACACAAAAAAAUCUGAUUUUGUACAUAUAUACAGGGGAAGGGAGGGAGGGGUGGG